AUGGCCAACUUCUCCAUGGGAUCUGGCCAGAUGACCGAAGAGCCUGAAAACCUCCUCCAACUUGGAGGGUGGCGCAAGCACAGAGUACCCGAAGUUCCAGCAGAAGAGAAUUGGAGCGCAUAUGCCAACAGGGGGUACGACGAUCCCACCCACCCCACCAAUUAUUAUGAAGGAUACGACGACCAAGGGGCGCCUUCUGUCCCUCCUGUGCCUUCAGCUGACGAUCAAGAGACAGACGACUAUUAUGCCUACGCGAUGGCAUCGUACGCGCAAGAGAUCAAUAGCCUCCAAGAUUACAUUGCUCGCAGUCGAUCGGCGUCCCGAAGAAGCAGUGCUGCUUCCAGUCGCGUCAGCGAUAGGAGAGGCAGUGAAGCCAGUACCAGGAGAGGUAGUGAGUGGGGUGCUGGGAGAGAGGGUGAUGACGGAAGGGAACGACAUCGUGGGCACGGCGUGAGGAAAAUCAAUACUGAGAGGAAGGGAACGGGGGAAUCGACGACGAGUACUACGAGUAUUAGUUCUAGGUGGCAGGAGUGGAGACCGGAUGACGGCGAGGAGCAGGAUGAGUACCAGCAGUGA